UGUCGAUAAACGUAGAGAUCUACGUCUUUAUCUUAAUGAAACAUUGGUUACAUCGCGAUUGCCCAUCGCGUCGCGGCGCGUACGUCCAUUCCAAUUAUAUCCCGACGCGAAGACGGCACGUUCGUGAGUUUCGGAGGGACAUCGGCCGUUUCAAAUCUCGACCUUCGUCUGCGCAUACAUCUGUACCGGAAGCGGGUACCGCAUGUACAUGGCUUAAGAGCAAUAAGGGAACCGGCGGGCCUCGCGAGCCGCCAGAAGAGAGUGGGGCGAGACAGUCGCGCUAAGACCAAGAACCGCGGCGGUUCACAAAGCCGCGAAUUCGAAUGAAACUAUUGCCAUUCACGUGACAGACGCGCAAUCGCCGAUCUUUCUCCCGUUUUCUUAUCAUUCAAUCGUAUCAAUAGAUUUUCUGUGCCUUAUUGCUAGUGUCUCGUGUACGUUCGAUCUAAUGAUUUUAGGUUACAAAAUUAAUUGUCAAUAGAUAAUUCCGUGAAACAUUCUGUAUUUCAAGUUAGAACUAUGCAUUCUUAUCGUUAUUCGACGAACAGUUUAAUUGCAAUAUGAACUGAUAAAACGUGUAAAACGGAAAACAAUAGUGGAGUUGUAGCAGAGUGUAUUUUAGUUGACUCGUGACAAAUGCUUGUAGUAUGACGUCAAAUGCGAUUAGAGGCAUCAGAAGAAAGAAAAGUUCGCUUUGCGAAGUUAAAGUAGCAGUGAUAGGAGCUCCAGGAGUCGGCAAAAGCGCAUUGACAGUGAGAUUUCUGACAAGGAGAUACAUUGGGGAAUACGAUCAUCAAUCAGAAACCAGAUACAAACAUGAGGUACUAGUCGACGGGGAACCAAUUCUUUUUGAAAUUUUAGAUACAUGUCCAAAGAGUGAAGAUGAGCUGCCAUCGAUGGAAACUUUACAGUGGGCGGACGGCUUGUUGUUAGUCUAUUCAAUAACCGACAGAAACUCUUUUAAUUUUGUUAGAAAGGCAAAAGAGGCUCUUGCAGUAGCUGAUCCCGAAGCUGCGAUGCCUCUUGCCCUUGUUGGAAAUAAAGCUGAUAUGGUUCAUUUACGACAAGUCAGUGCUGAGGAAGGAGAGAUACUAGCAAAGGAUUUUGAAUGCUGGUUUAGUGAAAUAACUGCAGCUGAGCAAGUUGCUCAGGUCGCAGAAUCUUUCCACGAAUUAUGCAGAGAAGUUCUCGCAGCUAGAAGAAGAAACAAACAAUCUUUGCUGGAUAGAAUGCUCGGUGGUAAAGCGACACGCGCUUAUUCACGAGGAAAAAGCGACUCUGCUUUACCGAAAGAUUAAUAUUAUUACUUGAGUACAUGCCUGUUACAAAUAUAAGAAAAAAGAAUCCUUCAAAAUAUUGUUAACUGGAGAAUGUGAAAAAAGGUAGUAGAACAAUCGUAUAUAAUCGCUUUCUAAGCAGGAUAAGUCAUGAUAACAUCAAAAUAACGUUAAAAUGAUUUGUUAUUAAUUAAAUUACGAUUUUUGGUAACCGUUUUGCACUUUGUUAUUUUGAUGUUGUAAUGAAUUCUAUUCUGUUUGGAUUUAAUGCACAAGGAAUGAAAGAAAAGCAAAGCAACAAAUGCCAAAGAAAAUAUCAGUUUUCAAUUUAUAGAGAAUGUAAUUUAAGAUU